AUGAAUUGUUAUAUUGUUCGUAUUCUCCCAACCCAUGACUUUUUCGUGACGUUUAAAGAGCCUUUAUCAGCAGGAGAAGUCAAGGAUGAAAUGUUCUUACAAAUUGGAGUUCCAACGAGAUCAAUGACUUUAAUUUUUAAUGGAACAAUAUUACAGGAUCAUGUAAUGCUCGAUUCUGUAGGUGCAAAGCAUACAUCGAUAUUAUAUAUGGUUAUUAAGCAAUGUGAAACAGUAUUUUUACGAGAUCCUAGAAGAACGAUUUUGGAAAUUGUCUCGUUAAUUUCAUAUCUUAGCAACGUUCCCAGUGGAGUAUACAACAAAGCAUUUAAUGAUAUUAGAGAUUGCGUUAAUUCGCCAUGCUUGGAACCUGUGAAAAAACUUUGCAAAGAAUUAAAUCCGUUUUUAAAGAGAGUAUUAGAGUUUAUUGAUAGCAACGACGCUCCAUUUGAUGAAUCUGCCAUAGAUAUGCUUCUACGAUAUCAAGAUUAUGAAUUUAAUAUUUUGGAAGGGCUUGAAGGCGAAAUAAAAUCAAUUUGGAGUCAGACUUCGUCAACAAUUGAGGUUGUCCUUGUUGAUAACUCCUUAGAUGAAAUAAUUGUGGAGAAUACCGAUGAAUCAGAAGAUUACGUUGAGCCCACAAAUCUUGAUUAUACUUCCUCAAUUAACUCCGAUCCACUCCCAUUUUGUAUCAAAUAUGAAGACCCUGAUUACUAA